UCUUUCUUAUUCUCUCUCUCUCUCUUCACUACUUUCUCUCUCUAACUCCUUCUCUUUCCUUUGGUUCUCUUAUUAAUCUGUCAUCGUCUUCCAAGUUCUGACGCAACAGGACUGUCUCUUCACAUGACUCUCUGCAACCCACGUACCCCAUUACCAUUACCAGACAAACCCCUUCCUCUCUGCAACUCUGUCACUCCAUUUAACCUUCCCUAAACUUCUCACCUUUAUUUUUACUUUUUUACCUACUUCUCUCUCAUCACCUAAUACUACUACUACUACUACUACCAUUGUUGAAUGAACACCCUUCUGUUCUGUUAUCUAUUAUUAAUCUAUUUUCUCUUUCUCUCUUUCUUUCUGUACUUGUUUUUUUAUUUUUCUUUUAAUUUUUAAUUUUUUUUUAAAAAAAGAAAGGCUUUUUAAAGGUUUGAAAUUUCUUCACCAUUUUUGUAUAACUGGCUCUCCCAACAAUGGAAGCUUUCAGUUUACUUAAGUAUUGGAGAGGAGCCGGCGGCGGUGGUAACGGCGGUGAUGUUGUUCAGAACAGGCCCAUUUCUACAGUUGCUACGAUUGUUACCGCCGUCGGUAAAAACACGGCGGAAAUAGACGGCGACGAUGACGAUGAUGAUGAUGACAUUGGUGGUGGUGGUGGUGAUGAUGAUGGUCCUUUCUUUGACUUGGAGUUCGCGGUCAACGAAGAAGACGAAGCUGAAGAAGAAGAAGAAGAGAUUAAUACCCAAAACAGAGAAGAAGAAGAAGAAGCCAUUAAUGAUGAUGACGAUGAUGAUGAAGAAGAGAGAGAGUUUAAGUUCACACUCUCAUCUGGUUCGAGCAAUGAUCGUACGGACACUAAUCUAGCUCUUUCACCUUCUGAUGAUUUGUUCUUUAAAGGUAAGCUAGUCCCCAUUGAGUCUUCUUCUUCUUCUUCUUCAUCAGAAGAAGAAGCUAAGGCUAAUGAUAAUAAUAAUAACUUGAUGAAGCCAACACAACAACAAGCUCAGUUUCCAGUUUCGUUGCUUAAAUCAGCAACUAAAUUUCGAGUCUUUAUGUUGGGUCUCAAAAAAUCUAAAUCAAAUGCUUUAGCAAACAACAAUGGGGUUGAGAAAACAGAGCAGAUCACAAAAGAAACGUCACAGAAGGAAAAAGAAACGCCGGAAAAAACCCAACAACAACAACAACAAAAAUCCCAAAAGAAUCAGUUCUUCACUGUUAAAUUAAAGGUCGAAGAAGUUCCUAUUGUAUCUCUGUUCAGCUCAAGAUCAGUUUCGAACAAGUCUCAAAAACAGAGCAACGAAAACGAAACGCCUUCUGUUUCAACAGACGAGAAACGUUUCGCUAAAGAAGUCGUACAGAAGUAUUUAAAAAUGGUGAAACCACUUUACGUUCGCGUUUCGAAACGAUACGGCGAAAGGUUGAAACUUUCCGGUCAGGUUAGUCUGAAUAGUUCGGUGGCUAAACCCGUUUCGCCGCCGAACACGACAGAGACUGUUGAGAAGAAGAGUACUCAAACGGUGGAGCCACCGCCACCUCCGCCGCCGCCGGAAUCGGCGGCUUCAUCAGAAAUCCCGGCGAACAAUGUUAACAAGUCUCUGAACUUUCCGGCCGGACUUAGAGUGGUCUGUAAGCAUUUGGGUAAAAGUCGGUCGGCUUCUUCGACGGCCGCCGUUGCUCCUUCCGGUACGGCGGCUCAGGCGGCGGCGGCUAAAAGAAGAGAUGAUUCUCUUCUUCAACAGCAAGAUGGUAUCCAAAGCGCUAUUCUUCAUUGCAAGAGAUCAUUCAAUGCAGCAAGAGAUUCAGAGUCUAAUCUUCUAUCACGGUGUGCUAGUGACCCAUCUAAAUGAAAAGUUCAAUCAACGGUUGUGAUUCAAUCUUAUAAAGAGGCCAUUUUUAGUGGCGGGAGUUUUGGUUUUGGACUAAGAACAAAGCUUUCUCAAUUGUUCUUGUUGGUCAAAUCAAGUCAAAGCUACUUUAAUUACUUUUUGUUCUUAGAGAGGAAAAUGGGUUCAAUAAGUUCUUAUAUAGUCUAUAAAGAGAUAUAAAUAUAUAUAUGUAUGAAUUAGUUCUAGUAUGUUGGUAGUAUCUUCAUCUGUAAAUGUUUUUUUUUUGUUAUGAAAUUUCAGAGAUAAAAAGUGGAGGGGUUUUGUAGUGAUGAUGAACUUUCCAUGAAAGUGAAAGAAAAAUCAGAUCUUUGUUUGUACCUAUGAUCUCUAAUUUCUUUGUAAUCAGUAGUUAAAAUUACCAAAAUGCCACUGUAAUGUUUCAUCAAAUGUUGUUGUUACAUUGUGUAAUGUGAUUAUUCCUUUUAAUUAAAAA